AUGACCCAUCAGCUGCUGGCUCUGAGCUUACUCCUCGUUCUUCUAUCACUGUUGGAAGCCCAUGGCCAGAAAGAACCUGAUCCCAAGGUCCCAGGAGUGGCCCUGGAACCAGAAAUGUGCCAAAGACCUCGAUGGGACUCAAGACUCCAAUUGGCACCAGACCAGCAGAAUUACAAGAAGAAUGAAGAAGUGAUGCUGAGUUGCAUCGAUGGUUUCCAGCCAUCCUUCACCAGCGUCAAGUGUGGGAGUGAAGUCCGGUCCAUCACUCAUGGGAAACCUGUAUACAGGGAAGUCUGGCUUGGAAGGGACAGCAAAGGUGUCUGGAUUCGCAUUCGGUCCAGAGUGGAGUGCCUGGAUAUCCUCCAGGUUGUUCCUGGGACCUUGGAGAUUUCCAGCACCAGCAUCAAACUGAACUGGACCUGCAGGCUCCCUGACACCUGCCAGGAAAUGCUGGCCAUGUGCCGGCUGGCAGAGCACUCCUCAGCUCCCUGUGAGGCUGAGGAGGUGAAGGGAGAGGAGAGGCUACACGGCCAGGAGGGAACAUUCACUUGUCAGUCUCUUCAGCCUUUCACUCUCUACAGUGUCACCAUCUCCCUACCCCCUAGCACCAUCCUGUACUCCUGGUUGGCCAGAACAGAAGAAACAGUGCCAGAUGCACCCGAGGACUUGCAGCUGGAUCCCAGCACGGGGUUCCUCAGGUGGAAGGCGCUGCCCCCAUGCAAAGGGGAGAUCCUUGGAUACCAGGCGGAGCAGUUCACCUGUGUGUGCUACAGCUUCUCCCUGGUUGCAGGGCCACCUCCUUACCCGUGGGAGGCCAUUGUGGUGGUUGUGUUGUUGCUGUUUCUCCUCCUGGCUGCAGGGAUCCUGUGCUUCAUACUUAACAGGAAAAGGAAGUCUGCCCAGCAAAGUUUAAGGGGAUAA